CUCGCCAGGAGUAAAAAUGGCGGGGUCGGUGCUGGAAGAUGUCCGAAAGCUGCAGUCUCGGCUCACUAACGCUUCGGAACCGAAGAAGCUGAUGAAGAGCUUGAAGAGACUUGCUGAACUGCCAAUCACAAUUGAAAUUCUUCUGGAGACUGGAGUCGGAAAGACUGUGAACAGCUUACGAAAACUAGAACAGGUUGGAGAAUUUGCCAAGAACUUGGUGGCAAAAUGGAAGAAGCUUGUGCCAGUUCCACAGGAAACAGAGCGGCAUACUCUUGAACCUACGGAACAGGGUUAUGACCGAAACAUCUCGAGGAAACGACAGCGAGACCUGUUGCCCAAAGAGGACAAAGAGGUCUACUCAGAGACACAUCAGCCUUCUUGCAGCCAGUCAUACGAGUCGGAUUGUGGAACUAAAAAAGUCAAGAGAUAUUCAGACCCAGAAAAAUCCCACCAUGAUGUAAACUAUGAUAUUCCACAAGACAGGUCAUGGAGGAGAGGUUCUUCUGACCAGGAAUGUUCUGACUAUGGACACGCCGUCUCCUCUGAGCUCAGCGAAAGUCCUCAGGAACUAUAUAUGGACCUCCAUCAUGCUGAGGAACAAGAGAGGGAGCAAAAAUCCUUUUCCCGAAAGGGGUUUAAAAGCCACCAGUUUCAGGACAGAGAAGAAGUUACUCAUAGGAAUUUCAGUGACUCUCAAGAAAAAGCGAGUUCAAGUCGGAGCAAAGAGUCUAAACCUUCUCACAAAGAGAGGCAGCGGCCAGAAGCCAAGGGGGAAGAGAAGGCACCUGUACUUGGCUCCGAGAGGCUGCCGAAGGGUUCUUCGAUCCAUGACGCUUCCUUAUCAGGUAGCAGCAAGGAGAAGCUGAAAGCCCCGGACAGCCUCAAGCGAGACAAGAAAAAAGAUGGCGGCAGCAUCAAGAAACAGAAGGCCCACUUUGAUUUGAAUGAUAGCUUGAACGAACAUAGGAAGAGACAAAAAACUCAUGACCCCCCAGAAAGGGCCAAAUCAGAAAAGGUGAAAUUUUGCAUGGAAACCGUAUAUGGAGAUCAGGAGAAACCGAAACCUGAGGGAGAUCUGCCUAAUAAGAACAAGGAGAAGAAGAGUUCCAGCAGCUUUAAAACUUCUGAGGGCAAAUCCAGAGCCCUUGAAUCAAACAAAAGACCUGCAAAUUUCUCGCCUCCCAAAGCGGGAGAGGCGGAGGACGAGUAUGAACAGCCCACCAUGUCCUUUGAGUCCUAUCUGAGUUAUGACCUGCCUCAGAAAAAGAAAAGGAAGCUGGCCAAGCCUACGACAGCUCCGGUCCCAGAGAAAGGACAUAGCAGCAAGCAGAACGGUUCCAAAUCAAGUGCCAAGAGCUCAGACGCAAGCCGGAAAGCUCCCAAGCAAGUGAGCGAGAAGAAGCCGGUGGAGGCAUCUGCAUCUAAAGCAAAAAAAAUACUCAUUGAUGUGGUGCCGAUGCUCCCCGACAUUCCACUGCCUGCAAUCCAGGCAAAUUAUCGUCCUCUUCCUUCACUUGACACAAUCUCAUUCACCCAACCAAAGAGGAAAGCCCUCUCCUCCCCGACUGAAGAGGAUGAGGCUGGUUUCACAGGACGUCGGUUGAAUUCCAAGAUGCAGGUGUACUCGGGCUCCAAGUCGGCUUACCUUCCGAAGAUGAUGAGUCUCCACGAGCAGUGCAUCCGGGUUCUCAGCAAUAACAUUGACUCCAUCUACGAAGUGGGCGGCGUUCCAUAUUCUGUACUUGAGCCUGUUUUGGAACGCUGCACUCCAGAGCAGUUGUAUCGCAUCGAGGAGUGCAAUCACGUUUUAACUGAAGACACAGAUCAGUUGUGGCACAAUCAUUGCCAGCGUGAUUUCAAGAAGGAGAAGCCAGUUGAGUUUGAGAGCUGGAGGGAAAUGUACCUACGGCUGCAUGAUGCUCGAGAGCAGCGACUUCUGAUGCUAACUCAAAACAUCCGUUCAGCUCAUGCCAAUAAACCCAAAGCCAGAGUAGCUAAGAUGGCAUUUGUGAACUCAACAGUCAAGCCACCCCGGGAAGUGAGGAGAAGACAAGAAAAAUUUGGGACUGGGGGAGCAGCUGUCCCAGAGAAGAUCAAAAUCAAACCUGUAUUCUUCACCCCAACUAAAAGUAGCAGUGUUCACACAGAAGAGGAACAGGCUUACGACAGGCCAAGUACUAGCACCGGCCUCUCAGGUUCAUCCCUGGGCAGCACUUCAUCAGUGAUCUAUGACCCAAGGAAGCCCCCGGUGAAGAAAAUUGCACCUAUGAUGGCAAAGACUAUCAAAGCUUUCAAAAACAGAUUUUCUCGAAGAUAAAGAAACUGUCAGGCUCCAGUGAAUGCGAAGGAAAAAAAAACCUUAUGGAAGCAGUGCUUAAAGGAAAAGGGAGGAGUUGCUGGGGAGUCUGAGUCCCCCAAAGCCCUGUUUAAGACCAACUGCACAGUAUUGUUGAAAACCACCUUUCAGUUUCUUCCCUUUGUCCCCGAAAUUUUUGUUUUAUCUGCCAAGCAUUUUGCAAAUAUGAAGUCUUGGCACCUGGCUGAGACACGAAGGUCCACAAACUAUAGCGCUUUCUUCAGUCUCUUUUUUUCUGGACUCCAGAGUGGAAAGAGAAACAAACGCCUUCCACCAACCAUCUGCAGUGUUUGUUCGUUUAUUUGACUCCCCUUGGUCAGUUGUAAGACUUCAAAUCUGCUCUUCUAGUGUCUACUGUGAAAGACCAUCUAUUUUGCAGAUACUGUUCAUAAUUAGCAACCUCUUUUAAAGGAUCUUUUAGGACUUUUACCAUCUUGGUCAACCUUCUGGCAAACAAUUUUCCCAAACAUCAUUUUCCUCUUCCUUUCUGUUUUUCAGUUGCAGCUCUUAAGUGUUCAUCUCAUGCCUAAAACCCAUUGUGCCAGAUACAAGCUGAUUGGCCUUUCUAUACGGGGACAUCUGGAGGUGCCACUGUCGUUAUGUUUACUUGGCAAAGGG